AUGCAGAACGAGCCUAUGUUUCAAGUCCAAGUGGAUGAGAGUGAGGACACAGAAUGGAAUGAUAUUUUAAGGAGCAAAGGUAUUAUACCUGAGAGGCCCCCUUCUCCAACUCAGCAGAUAGAAGAAGCUUUAGACGAGGCAAUUGCGAAGCAACAUGCCAACAGAUUGGAAGGCAAGGACCUCUCGGAUCUGGAAGAUCUGGAAGAUGAAGAAGAUGAGGAGUUUUUGGAGAUAUAUAAAAAGAAACGUAUGGCAGAGAUGGCAAAAUUGCGGGAGCGUUCCAAGUUUGGUGAUGUCUAUCAUAUCAAUAAACCGGAGUACAACAAAGAGGUUACAUUAGCAAGUAAAGGUUUGACACACGAGCUAGCUGAUGAUGAGGAGCACAAAAGAGAAGGAGAUAAAGAUAACUCGAAGGCAGUGUACGUAUUUGUACACCUAUCUUUACACACAAAAAUACAAAGUAGAAUCCUUGAUCAUUUGUUCCAAGCAUCUGCCAAAAAGUUUCCUGAGGUAAAAUUUGUAGAAAUACCUGCGAAUAGAGCCAUUGAGAAUUAUCCCGAAAACAAUUGUCCGACACUGAUUGUUUAUCACAACGGUGACGUUAUCAAGAACAUAGUAACGUUAUUAGAACUCGGAGGGAAUAAUACUACAAUAAAAGAUUUCGAGAAACUAAUUGUUGACUGUGGUGCUGUGUCACCGGAAGAUAAAAGGUUAGUUUUAUAUGAUGAAGGCUAUGAGGACAAGAAAUCAUUACAUUUUGCAGACAAGAAGAGUAUACGAACCGGUUAUGCCUCAAAUACGUAUGCUGAUGACGAGGAUGAUGACUUCUUUGAUUAG